AUGGUGGGGUCUGGGAUCUCAGCUUUGGGCCUUCUCCUGCUGAUGCAGGGCUCAGUAGAUGCGAAUGGAAUCCAGGGAUUUUUCUACCCAUGGAGUUGUGAGGGAGAUGUGUGGGACCGAGAGAGCUGUGGGGGUCAGGCAGCAAUCGAGAAUCCCAACCUCUGCCUACGCCUGCGAUGCUGCUACCGGGAUGGUGUAUGCUAUCAUCAACGGCCAGAUGAAAAUAUGCGGAGGAAGCAUAUGUGGGCACUGGGCUGGACCUGUGGCAGCCUACUCUUCCUGAUCACCAGUAUCUCUCUCUUCUGGUGGGCCAGGCGCCGAGACAUGCUGCAUGUACCACGCUUUCUACGAGGGAAAUGUAGUAGACUGGCAGGGUCAGUCUCCCUACUGUCUAAGGACCGACGAACGGCCAACAAGAAGCCAACCCCAGAUGCCACCACUACCCAAGUGUACUCAGCGCCACAAUCCUCAGGAGGCGCUGAAGUAGAAGCUGCAGCUACAGUUUCCGGGGAGGAAACAGAGGGAGCUGAAGAAUAGGGUAACC